CAAUACCUGUGCCCAUGGGUAAGAAGACGCUCUGUUUUUCUAUGCUAAAAGAAGAAGAAUCACCUAACUUCGGCCUUCUUCAAUAAUAUUUUGUGGCUAGUGCAGGAAAGGGAGGCCGAGAUGGGUCGCCGCCCAGCAAGAUGUUAUAGAUAUUGUAAGAACAAACCUUACCCCAAAUCUCGGUUCUGCCGUGGUGUGCCUGAUCCGAAGAUUCGCAUAUUUGAUUUAGGCAAGAAAAAGGCAACUGUAGAAGAUUUCCCGUUAUGCGUCCAUCUAGUGUCGGACGAAUACGAACAGCUUAGCUCAGAAGCGCUAGAAGCAGGCCGUAUUUGCUGCAACAAAUAUUUAGUGAAAAACUGCGGUAAGGAUCAAUUCCACAUCCGCAUGAGGCUGCAUCCUUUCCAUGUUAUUAGGAUCAAUAAGAUGUUGUCCUGUGCUGGAGCUGAUAGGCUCCAGACGGGAAUGAGGGGUGCGUUUGGUAAGCCGCAAGGGACAGUGGCGCGCGUGCACAUCGGUCAACCGAUUAUGAGUGUGCGAUCUAGUGACCGAUUCAAGGCCCAAGUGAUCGAGGCCCUCCGCCGUGCAAAGUUCAAGUUUCCUGGUCGUCAGAAGAUUUACGUGUCCAAGAAAUGGGGCUUCACGAAAUAUGAGCGCGAAGUCUAUGAAGAUUUGAAGGGACAGGGUCGACUGGCUCCCGAUGGUUGCAACGUGCAGUACAGACCUGAGCAUGGGCCUCUGGCCAACUGGAAGAAAGUCCAGGAAGACCUUUUAGCUGCGUAAACAGCUUAAUAAACGUUUUUUUGGUGAAA